AUGAAGAGUCGAUGGCAGAGUAGCAGUAUAACUGCUGACGCGAAUCCGUGCUCUACGAACAACAAAAAAAAAUUGAAAUCGUCAGAAAAACCGUUUAAAAGCGCAUUUGAAAUGAUGAUUUUACGUCUUCUUUUUACCCCCAAAAUUAUACCUUUUAAUAUGAAAAGAAACAAAGUAUCUUGA